AUGCCCUUCUCCCAACGCCUUUCUUCUCUCCCAUCCCAUCGCACACCUCGUCGCCUAGGCUCCCUCUCUGAAACGGCCUCUCCGCCCCUCCUCUCUUCCCUCCCAUCACUUUUCCCGUCGCCUGCGCGCUCUCCUUCCCGUCGCCUGCGCGCCUUCCCUCCCGUCACCUGCGCGCUCUCCUUCCCGUCGCCUGCGCGCCUUCCCUCCCGUCGCCUGCGCGCCUUCCCUCCCGUCGCCUGCGCGCUCUCCCUCCCGUCGCCUGCGCGCCUUCCCUCCCGUCGCAUGCGCGCUCUCCCCCCUGACGCCUUCGCGCUCUCCCCCCCGACGCCUUCGCGCCUUCCCACCCGUCGCCUGCGCGCCUUCCCUCCCGUCGCAUGCGCGCUCUCCCCCCCGACGCCUUCGCGCUCUCCCUCCCGUCACCUUCGCGCUCUCCAUCCCGUCGCCCUUGCAAUUUCCCCUCUCUUCCCGUCGCCCACUUCAUCUCCUAUCGCUCACGUCCUCCCUCCCCGUCGGCAUCGCGCUCACGUUCCUCCUCUCCCCUCCUAUCCCGUCGUGCGCCUCCUCUCCCCUCCCAUCCAGUCGUUCGCCUCCUCUCUCCUAUCUCGUCGUUCGCCUCCUCUCCCAUCCCAUCCCGUCGUUCGCCCCCUCUCUCCCAUCCCGUCGUUCGCCUCCUCUCUCCUAUCCCGUCGUUCGCAUCCUCUCCCAUCCCAUCCCGUCCGUUCGCCUCCUCUCUCCCAUCCCGUCGUUCGCCUCCUCUCUCCUAUCCCGUCGUUCGCAUCCUCUCCCAUCCUAUCCCGUCGUUCGCCUCCUCUCUCCCAUCCCGUCGUUCGCCUCCUCUCUCCUAUCUCGUCGUUCGCCUCCUCUCCCAUCCCAUCCCGUCGUUCGCCUCCUCUCUCCCCUUUCUUCCCAUCGCUUUUCCACUCCUCAAGUCCAAGGAAACGGCGUUUUCCUCUCAUCUCCUGCAUCUGUGUGCGUGCUGGAUUUUGCCUGUAUUGUUGA